UCGUCGCCAAAAUGGCGGACGGAAGAGAUGGGCUGAGUUUUCUACCGAAUGUUAAAGCCAGCACUUGCAAACAAGGAAAGAAGACUAAACGAGUAGCAUUCAAAAAUCUCCAAAGACCUUUAGUACUCCCUAGCUUGGAACUCAGCACUGUUGACUUGCAAUCAGUGAGUAGCUUGUUCUCUCACAAGCAAAUAUGUAAAAAAGUGUGCGAGUGGUUUACAGAGUGGAGGUCGUGGCAACAACGGAUCUUAUUAUGCGGCGUCUCUGAAAAGUGCACGAAAAGUCAAUUACAGGCUUUUGUGACGAUGCUUGAGCCAGUGUUUCACAGGGAUUUUACUGCUAGGCUUAAAGGAAUUUAUCCAACAACUCGUAUUAAGGCGCGACUGAUUCACACAGCCACUGUUCCAAGCUUCAGCGCGGAAGAAUUGAAAAAUGCUCUUCAGCCAUCGCAGGAAGUAAAUCGGGUGAAUUCUUCAACCACGGUUGGUGAGGUAGAAAAACCUACAGACAAGGAUUUAGACAGUUUUCAUAGUGAAUCAGGAGGAUCUUAUGACCGGAAUAGUUUCAGUGGUAUGAAUUUUACCACAGACACAAGGAUUGUGAGUAUCCCUGAGGGGAGCGUGGAUUCCCCUCUCACCCCAGAUGGGGGUACAGCUAUGACAGCUUCAUCUCAUACUAUAAAACCAGCUGCUGACAUUGAGGAAAACUGCCGGCAUGAACAUGCCCCGCCAUUUGUAAGGAGAGUUAGUACACCAAAUUUUUUCCCACACUUCAAUCAUAAGCAGCUUGGCCACAUGAGAACUGUUCUAAGGACUGGAGAUAAAGAGAAGCUCUAUGGACAUGCGCCAGUUACAUUUAAACAUAAUAAGUGGUGGGAAGGCCAUAAAGGAGGUCAUCUGAUCAAGCCCAGGAGGAGUAAACUUUCAAAUCAUUUUAAAUCUCAACUCAGUCAGAUUCAUCAGUGGCUUGAUGAGUGGCCAACACAUGAGAGAGUAGAGCUACUAUCAGAGGUGGUGAAAUGCUGUGACGAAGAAUCUCUAAAUUUUUUUGCACAGUGUCUUACCCAGAGGUUAAGAGAUACAACAGAUUUAAACUGUGUCCCAGACAAUGUUCUGCUUUAUGUCUUUUCCUUUUUAAAUGUUAGAAGCUUGUGCCAAAGUUCUCAGGUUUGUUAUCGAUGGAGAUUCUUAACCAAUGAUAGUAGACUUUGGAAAGCUAAAAUUGCUUCACUGGGGGCCUCUGAAGGAAUUGAAAACUUAACAGAAAAGAUUGAAGUCCUUGGUCAUGGUCAGGCUGUUGAUUGGAAACAAGCUUAUAGAGAAGUAAAAAAUUACUACAAAGAUUUGGCCAUGGUGAAACUAGAGAAGGAAGAAGAGAAAGAGUUGAAAGAGAAAUUAGAAGCUGCAAGAUGCGAGGAAAUGAAGAAGCAAUCAAAAGUAACAGUAACUGAAUUGCCACCAAAGCCCAUCAACAAAGAUGAACCAAAGGCUGUAUACAGUAACGUUGCUGAAAUUAUGAUAGCUCAAGUGAUGGAGAACGUCGGACCCGCUCAGUCUGCCCCGACCGCUGAUCAAAAAGAGCAUGGUGACGAGUUCACAGCAGCAGACUUUGAUGGAAAUGAUCUUACAGGUGGGAACCUAAAGCUCCUGACACGCAGUUUGAAGGCACUGGCUGAUGGCGGAGAUAAACCUGAAGAUUUAGAUGUUGCAUUGGAUGUACGGCCUACCCUUGUGCAGGCAUCAAACUUGUUGGCAACAUCAGAAGGUGAUGGAGAAAGAGGCAGGCAAAAGUUUCGUUAUCUCUCACUUGCUGUUCAAGGUGUUUUUUCUGUUCGAAGGGUGCGGAGAUUGCAGGGACACAUGGAUGCCAUAUUCUGCUUACAGUUCGAUAAAAGAAGGAUUAUUACCGGCUCUGCUGACCGCACAAUACGUAUGUGGGAUGUGAGGAGUGGGCGAAGUAUUCACAAGCUAAAAGGCCACAAGGGUGGAGUGCGGUGUCUUCAGUUUGACGAUGAGAAAAUCGUCAGUGGCUCGUGGGAUAUGACUAUCAUGGUUUGGCACAUUGUUAAGUUCCACAGAUUAAAAGUUCUUUAUGGGCAUUCUGGAUGCGUUUCAUGUUUGCAGUUUAAAGGAAAAAUCCUAGUGAGUGGGUCACAUGACCGUACCCUCCGCAUUUGGAACACAGACACGUGGGAAUGUGAAUCUGUAAUUGAAGGACAUGAAGGUGCUGUUACGUGUCUCCAGCUAAACGGAGACUACCUUGUCAGUGGUUCUAUUGAUAGGACGUUAAAAUUGUGGGAUAUAAAGACAAGAGCGUGUCUUCAUACAUUUGAGGGACAUAAAGACGCUGUACUGGCCGUCACGGUACUCGGUAACCUAAUAAUCAGUGGGUCCGCGGACGGCAUGAUUAUGUUCUGGAACCUGGAAACGGGAUUCUGCGAAGCUGCUAUCCAAGGUCACGAGGGCCCAGUCCACUCUCUGGAUUACAAUGGUCAUCAACAUUUCUUCUCAUCAGGAGGGGAUAAUUUAUUGAAGGAGUGGGACCUAAGUACCUGUACGUGUCUACGAUCAUUACAGGGACACAAAGGGCCGGUGUUCUGUGUUAAGGCCGUCCCGCACAGGGUUGUCUCUUGCUCUGCCGACGGAUUUACGAGGAUCUGGGACCUAGAUAGUUUGCCCGAAGGAAAGGGUCUGAGUAAAGCAAUUACUGUUCAAGAAAACGUUAUCACACCAACCAAAGUGGUAGAAAACUCUCUCGAGAAAUCUUUAAAAUAGAUUUAGAGGGUAGAUAAUGCUCAUUUUGACCCGGUCUUGCACCAAAAUUUUGCUUUUUAAGUAAUAUUGCUGCUGGUUUUUUGACACCUGUUUACGUCAAUGUUACUGAUUGUAAAGACAGUCGAGACACAAGCACUCUGCUUGGUUGCUAUGCAAUCAUGUCCUUUACUAACAAGGAAACAAACAAACAGCAUAAUUAUUUAUUAAUAUUUUCCUUCGCUCAACUGUUUCAGACUAAUUGUACAUUAUGCGCUCAGCACACGGUUUUUCUUUUUUUUUUAAAGAAAACACUGUUAUAAAUUAAGAACAUUUCCAAAAUAUACGUGGAAUUUUUCCGUUUUUAACUGAAACAGAUGCUAAAAGAAUUUGCACCGAAAUGUAAGCCAGGAGAUAAAAUAAACAAUAUUGAUGCCUGGGGACGUUUACUCUGGAAUACAAACAGAUGAAGAAAUAAUUAAAAUUUUUAAAAUUUCAGAUGUUAAUAGCGAGAUGCUCUUUAUCAGGCAAUGAUUUUGGAGAAGGUGGAAAUAUGGAAAAUAUUUGUAUUUGUUUAGAUAUACUGUUGUCUUGUUAAUAAAAAUUAGAAUCUAUAAACA